AUGACUUCAAAUACCCCAAAAUAUAAUAAGGGUCUAAAGAAGGAGGAAGCACCUCCGUACGGGGAAGUUUUAGUAAAGUGUGCGGAAGAUGAGAACUGCGACUACCAAACUAAGAUAAAAGUAAACAUAGGAAAUAACCAGAGGAUAUUAUUGCUUAUACGGCAUUAUAAAGAAGAGUAUUAUUUAAUAAUACAUCAACAUAAAUUAAUAGUAGCUUAUCCAAUGUAUUAUACUGGAAUAGCUCCUGAAAAAUCGAUAUAUAGCUAUAAAGGUUUUUAUGAAAGAGGAGAUGAUGACUUUGAUAAACAGAAUAAAAGAGGACAUGAUAGAUGCAUGAAAUAUGAAAUGAAUCUUCAUGAAAGGUCAAGUAUUCCUGUCUUCAAAGGGUUUAAUGAUAAGUCUUUUUCUAUGUGUUGUUCCUGUUUCGAUAUUCCUUUUGCAUAUGAAAAUAUUAAUACUGUAUAUCCGGAUUUCCCUAAAGAUAUGCGUUUAGAAUGUCCUACAGAUAACAGGUGGAAUAGGAAAUUAUUUAAAGAAAGACUAGUGUCUAUUAAGAGAAGUGUUCGUCAUUUACUACCAUUCUAUGCAAUAUUUCGUUUUAAAAAGGAAGUAAAAUUAUAUCUUAUUUUUAAUAUUACAAUUAUAAAAAAGGAAAAAAGUUUUUCCGACUACUAUAAUUUAUAUGAAGAAAAAACAAAUUUAACUGCAACAAGUUAUAGAUAUGUAUUAGAUGAGUUAACCAAUUUUAUGAACAUAUAUGAUAACAACAAGAUAGUUAGUAUAUCUUAUUCUUCAUCCGCCUUUGAUGAUAUUAUUAUUCCUAAAUUUUAUAAUAAUUAUUUAUUAUACCCAUUUUAUCCUGAAGAAUUGUAUAAUAUUAAAUAUGACACGUUAGAUUAUGGAUGCUCAUACAACAUAGCUGAUAAAUUUGAAUGUAUAGAAAGUGAUGAAAGUAGGUGUACAUAUACUGAAUCUAACUGCUUAAAGAAAACUAUACUAAUACCAAGACACUAUAUUUCACAGAGUAGUGAAGAAGUUUGUGGGAUCAUAGGUUCUAAUCUUAAUUCAAGUGAGAAGGAACAACACUGUGUUGCUAAACAUGAAUGUAUUCAAAAUACAGUAGAAUCAUAUUUAAAUAAAGCAAAAGAAUUUACAAAAGGAAAUGAAGAUAUAGUCACAAAAUUACCAGUAAUAAAUGGAAAAUAUCCUCAUUAUAUUUUUCAAAAAAAAGAUUAUAAUAAACAGAAUGCUGAUAAAAGAACUGUUGAUUAUUUCACAGAUACUAAUAUCCAUCAUUAUGUUGCUUAUGAGUAUUAUAAGGAAGACCGCACGGAAUUUAUUAUAAACUUAAGAAACAAAAAGAAGCAAAACCUGGCUAUGAGGGAUUCCUUUGCCCCAAUGGCCUAUGGACAGGCCAAUCCCCCUACCCAAAACCACACGGGGAUGGGAGGAAGGAGCAGUGUAAGUGAUGUAAAAGGCAUAAACGACAUACGCAGCAUGCGCAGUAAUAACCCUGGCAGUAGUGAACUGCGCUACAGAGUGCAAGGGGGAGAAGCGCCUGAAGGGGAAGAGGACAGGAAUGCGUAUGACAGCAUCAUCUUUUACAUGGAAACGCUGAAUGAGUUAAGAAUAAUCAACAUUUUAUACUCAGAUGUAUGUGAUAAAGUAAAUGAAGACAAAUGUGGAGUCCUCGUGCACGUAUGGAACCCAUCGAAGGAAGCUGUUAAAGCAAGACUAAAAUUACAAUGUAAUAUAAAAUCCGAGGGAAAAUAUACGAGUGAAAAAAAUUUAGUAUAUGAUGAAGGGGUAUAUCAAUUUUUGUUUUUUUUUCAAGUACCUAUAGAAACCUUUAAACUUUUUAAAAAUUGUAAUGUUUAUGCUUAUGGUGCUUUUAAGUUAUAUGAUGUACAGACAUAUGUUGAACAUAAAAAAGGAUUUAUUAGAAAUCUUUUUUAUCAUAAAACUAAAAAUAUUAGUAGUAUGAAAUUAUACUCUGAUGGGAUAAGGAGAUUCAUUUGUUGUUCAGAACAUACGGAAAUUUGCAAAAUUAAGAAUAUUCCUCAUUGUACUGUUGACGAAACUUUAAACUUGUUAAAUGUUUUCUUCUUUAUCUUAUUUCUAAUAUUUGUUGUUAUUGUCUUUCUCACUGGAAAUAAUAACAAAAGAAAUAGAAUAUCCAGUCAGGUUAAUGCUGGAAGUAGCCAAAACUCCUCCGUAGAUGAUGACAAGGAUAGCUGA